AUGUUGUCGACCGAGCGACGAGCUGGCGAGUGUGAGCGCGAUGGAUGCCCAAAGGGCUCUUCCCAAGUCUACUACUGCAUUGAUUGCGCUACCCGAUUGUGCAAACCAUGCUGGCCGCUCUAUCAGCCGCACACCAACAACAGGAAAGGACGCGAUGGCCUGGAGCAUGAGAGAACGCAACACCAGAUAUUCACGAAAUUGAGAGGCAUUCUCGAGCCAGACUAUGAUGAAGAACAGCUGGAAGAAUUACUUGGCGACGACUUGUCCACGACCUGGUUUGGCGUCCGUCGGAACAAGAAUGGGCAACCGCUAUUCGUCGACUAUGACACGUUCUCUACCGUCACGAGCGGACCAUCGUCGACGAUUGAUCGCACGAAAAGAUACCCGCAGUUGGCGUCAUUUGUUGGGCAAACAAACGCGGGAAAGAGUACGUUGAUCAAGAUGUUGAUCCGCCGCGGCAAAGAAGAACAAUUGAAUGCCUCGCUCUCGUAUCCUACGCCUAUCGCCGGGUCCAACUUGCACGCGCACACGCCCACAUCCGCCGAUGUCCACCUAUAUGUGGACCCUGUAUUGCAUCAUGACAGAACACCUUUGCUGUACGCAGAUUGUGAGGGCUUCGAGGGCGGGGAAAAGCCACCACUAGGUGCAUUUGACCAUCGAGCAUCCGCUACGAACGGCCACAUUCAAUGCGACCGACUAUCUCCAGGUCGCCCGCGCUUACUACAAUGGGCAAACGGGGAUGAAAAAAGAUCCAGAUCUUAUGCAGUGAGACACCUGUAUCCGCGGAUCCUAUACACCUUCUCAGAUGUCGUUGUGUUCGUACUACGCGAUUCUAAAACGUUCGAGACUACCGCACUGCGCCUGUUAUUAGAAUGGGGCAAAGCAUCGCUAGAAACAUCUGUCAAUCAACCAACCCUUCCACAUGCCAUCAUUGCGCUUAACAACACAGAGAUAGGAGUGUCAUCCGACGAGUGGGAUGUAUCGAAGGCUACUGAAAGUCUGUUGCGCGCGAAUGAAGACUGCCUGGACGCUCUUAAUGGACAGCGAGACUUCAUCAAAGUUGCGAAAGACUGGAGAAGCAAAGGACGGGAGAUUGAUAACGUCCUCGAUCUAAUCUGCUGUUACUACUCAACCUUCACUGUUGUACGAAUACCGACCAAAGGACGGUACCAGCUUCUCGAGGAGCAAAUCUGGAAGCUCCACGAAGUGAUCUCUAACGCUUGCGAUUCUUCGUUUCAAGCCAAAUUGAAGGCACGGAUGUUGUUGCAUGCAGAUGAGCUAGACAUCUACCUUCAGUCAGCAUACACACAUUUCGCACUUCCAAGUGGUCUUGUAGAUCCUUUCAACUUCAUGAAGGUAUCCCUGAAGCACAACCCAAUACCCACGGACUUCAAAGGUCACAUACUUCAACUUGCCCUCUCCAUUCGAUCACGAUUUCCCGCAAUGAAAAGCGAGAGAAUAUUUCACCUUCUAGGCGAUCUGGUGGCUUCAUGCAUCAUGCUGGAUUGUACUCGACAUCGAAAAGGACGCCCGCAAGACAUGUUUGCUGAGUACCAGGACUCGUGCAGUGAAGCGCUUGAGGAGUUCUGUGAUUUGUACACACCAUGCGAGUACAAGUGCGGAAAAGAGGUCUGUGUCAAUGUCGCGUCCGCUCACCUUCCAAAAGGGCACCAGAACACCAAAGGUAAGUGGAUCGGGGACGGCCGUUUCAGGUCGAAAAUCCAACCUGAGCGCUUCUGGCCGAUCUGGAGAGACGAAAUUCGCAAAGCUCUCGUAGAGUUCGAUAACGAGUUGCAGAGUGUGUCGUCAGACGAUGCUAAAACGGUCUCGGCAGAAGAGCUUCUGAAUGACAUUCACAGCAAAAGAAUGACUCGACUGUAUGAUGCGCUGGGCUCUGCAGACAAGUUUAUCAGUCAUACGACCUGUCUGUGUUGCCUCAUACAGGCACCUCUGCAUACGCUACCGUGCGGCCAUACUCUCUGCUCACGAUGUGUUCGUUCCUAUGGCGUUGCUGUCCGCGGAUCAUCGAAAAGCAGCAGUGUCCUCGAUAUGGAGUUUUGUCCUCUCCAUUCUGAAUUGGACAUUUGGCCAAGCCCAUAUUACGUCCGGUUCAAACCCGAACAUGCUGGUGUGCGCCUGUUGUCGCUCGAUGGAGGCGGUAUGCGUGGUAUUGUAGAGCUCGAAGUGCUUCGAGCUGUGCAAAAGCAGCUUGGCGAUCAUAUCCCAAUACAGGCCUUCUUUGACCUGAUUGUGGGUACUAGCACGGGCGGUAUCAUCGCUCUUGGAUUUGGUGUCAAGAAUUGGUCCAUCAAGCAGUGCACUGAGACGUUCCUCAAUCUGUGCGAUAAAGCGUUCUCGAAGCGCAAAUUGCAAAGCAUUUCAUUUUUGAGGCACUUUGUCACCCUUCGACAUGCUUCGAAAUACGAAACCACUCCGCUGCGAGAAGUCUUGAAGGACAUUUUUGGGGACCAACCUCUCUUCGGCAGUGAUGGCAAAGCAACCACUGCACCAGCACCAAAGGUCGCCGUGACCGCGACGGAUGGGUCUGGCAAGAGAGCCAUCGUGAUUGCAAAUUACAAUCGCAGAGACGAUGUGCGAAAGAAGCAACGCAAGUUGUACUACGACUUUCUCAGGCCAGACGACCCAAAUCUAGAGUUGCAGAUUUGGGAAGCUGCCGCGGCAACGUCGGCCGCACCAUCCUACUUCAAACCAUUCAUACACGAGCCGACGGAACGGACAUACCUUGACGGCGCCCUGUAUCAUAACAAUCCAGUCCGCUUGGUUCGUAGUGAGGCGCAGCUACUGUGGCCUGAUGUGGCCAAUGAACACCCCGACAUUCUUCUGUCAAUCGGAACUGGCCAAGAAAGGCGUGGAACGAAGAGUCAUGAUCCUCUAUACGAUUAUGAAAUUUCUCAAUCGAAGCACAGGUGGGAUUCAAGAGUACUUGUAGCAUCUACUCGUUUCGAUAAUAUCUUACAUGCCGAAAAUGCGUGGCUGGAUUUCUGCGAAAUUGCCACCACCGAUGAGAACGCCUUUCGAUACGUGCGCAUCAACCCUGAGCUCAGCAACGCACCAAGCCUGGAUGAUGUAGCUCAAAUCAAAGGUGUUCAAACUGCUACACGCAAUGCUUUGGAGAGGCCCGAGAACCGGGCUCGGGUCAAAAGGGUGGCGCACAUGUUGGUAGCGAGUUCUUUCUACUACGAGCGGACCAACGUGCCUAGAAACGUGUACAACGGAUACGCAUGUACAGGAAAGAUCUGCUGCCGAUUUGAGGAUGAGUCGGAUGAACUUCGUGCGUUUGGUGAUUACCUGCGGAAAUUGCAGACGAAGGACUUCCAAUUAAAAUUCGAGAUAGAAAACGUCACUGAGCAAAGAGUCGUUGAGAUUGUUGAGCUGUCUACACUUGUCAUUUCGCACAUGAGAGAUAUCGCUUCUUUCUCGUUACCUGCACCCGCUAUCCACGUGCGGGAUAAGAAUGAAAAGAUCGGAAUCUCACUGCUAUUGCCAGGAAGGUCGCCUACCUCUGAGCGAUACAUGAUUAGCGGUUUCCCACGUGCGAUCAUGACUGAGGACAGAGUGUUAGGUAAGUUGUGCACGGUACAAAUCGGGAAAUCAGGGCACCUCCUAAUUUAA